UCCCCACCCCCGCCCUCCCUUCCUCCCGUCGUCUCCCCUAUUUCUCUUCCGCCUCCCACCCGGCGCCCCACCGCGAGCGCGAGCGAGGAGACCGACCUAGGGUUCGCGCCUCCCCGCCGGUCCCCGCCCGCCGAUCCUCUCCCCGCCGCCGCCCCCGAGGAUCCGCGGCCGCUCCCGUCGGUCGCCGCUCCGGAUCCGCGCCGCCCGCGCCCCUCGACGCCGCCGAGCUCCGUCCCCGCCCGCCCGGGGCCGCUGAAAGAUGAUAAACCUUUUUAAGAUCAAGGGGCAGAAGAAGGAAGAGGCAGCCAACUCAAAUGGGGGCCCUCCUGUUAAGAAGCAAAGUCCAGGGGAAUUACGUCUCCACAAAGAUAUUGCUGAGCUUAACCUACCAAAGACAACUAAAAUUUCCUUCCCAAACGGAAAGGAUGAUCUCAUGAACUUUGAAGCUACUCUACGACCUGACGAAGGAUACUAUCUAGGUGGGUCAUUCACUUUCACCUUCCAAGUAUCUCCUUCCUACCCUCAUGAGGCACCGAAGGUCAAGUGCAAGACCAAGGUUUACCAUCCCAAUAUUGACCUAGAAGGAAAUGUCUGCCUGAACAUUCUGCGUGAAGACUGGAAGCCUGUCUUGAAUAUCAACACCAUAAUCUAUGGUUUAAACCUUCUUUUCUCACAACCCAACGACGAGGACCCCUUGAAUCAUGAAGCCGCGGCCGUCCUCCGGGACAACCCGCAGAAGUUCCAGAGAAACGUUCAGAUGGCAAUGUCGGGAGGCUAUGUCGAUAACACCCAUUUCCCAAGGUGCAAGUAAGGCGGGCGGGUGGGCAGGCCUGCUACGUGCUUGCUUCUGGCUUGCGCCCAUCUACCCUAGCCUUGAAUGCCAACCAUUGCACAAUCUGAAGAAAUGCGGGCGGCAUACCCAGGAAAUGUAUCUAUCAUAUUUGUUUGUGUCAAGAAGAUGUGACUGUUAUUGUGCUUGUUUGGUGGAUGUUCUGGAAUUGUCGUGUAACAUGAAGAAACGUGGUGACAUUAUGCAGCGAAACUCGCCUGUAUCGAGCUGAAAAGUAAGUCAGGGGUGUGGAUGUGUCUAACUGAA